GCCUGGUUUGUCAAGACAGAGACCUUUGUCACCGGCAAGCCGUUUCCCGAGAUCAGGCCUCACCUCGAGGCGCACAAGGCGUGGGUCGCAAAUCUGCGGCAGCAGGGCGCCACGAUCACGAGUGGCUACCGCGUGGACGCCGAUGGCCGGCCUGGUGGCGGCGGCCUCAUGCUCUUCAGGGCCGCCUCCCAUGCCGCGGCCGAGCAGCUGUGCCUGCAGGACCCACUCGUGUCUAGCGGCUGUGUGGAGUGGGCCGUCAACGGAUGGGUGGCGGAGGUGGGCGAU